AUGGCGGCUGCGGCGCUGUUAUCGGCUCCGGCGCCGGUGCCCCUGCCGGCGGUCUUCGCGGGGUGGUGGGAGCACGUGAACGGCUCGCCGGCGUGGCAGGACGGGAUCUUCUGGGCCCUCGCCGCACUCUACGGCCUCAUCGCCGCCUCCUCCUUCAUCCAAGUUGCCAGAAUACAGCACAGAGUUCCUGAAUAUGGAUGGACAACACAAAAGGUCUUCCAGUUCCUUAAUUUCUUGGUUAAUGGAGCAAGGUGUUCCAUCUUUGCUUUCCGUCGUCAAGUGCAACUAGUGAACCCUCAGAUCUUUCAGCAUGUUAUUCUUGAUCUGCCGGGGCUUGCAUUCUUCACUACCUAUGCAAUGUUGGCACUUUUCUGGGCUGAAAUAUCUUAUCAAGCACGUGGUCUAGACACUGAUGGCCUCAGAUCAGGUUUCUAUACUAUUAACGGUGUCGUUUAUGCGAUGCAGGUAAAGCAGUUUUUUUUAAUAUAA